AUAGUAUUUCAUAGUCGAUCGCUUUACGAAAAUGUCAACAAUACUAUUAUGGUUAGUUUUAAUGCCAGAUCAAAGUUUAAGAAAAUGACGUGCCCUCAAAAUCCGUAUUUCAAUAUAAUGAAGCACUACCCACUUUCCUCAUGGAAAAAACGGGGAAAUGUCAACGAAAUAUGCUUUGUAACGGAUCCUACUAUCAAAUCUAAGGUGUUGCUAAUAGAUGGUUUAGUCACUGCAGUAAACCAUAUCACAACUCCAAAUAAUGAAAAGUGUAAUUUAAGCCUUACUGGCGAAUAUCUAUAUCUAAUUUUCAAGCCAGUAAAGAAUAAGAAAUUUCUUGUCAGACUUGAUUGUAGAACAGAGAGUACAGUUGCCUACCGCGUAACAGUGACAAAUGCUGUGAGAUUUCCUAGAGUUUCAAACUUGUCGCUUUGUCUUCCCUUGCCAUCGCUGACUGCUUCACCAGAUUUAGAAGAACCGAAAUGGGUCAUUUUGCGUUUUGAUCUUCGUAAAAUCAUUAAUAAAUACUCCAGCUAUCAUUACCAUAGCUUGAUUCGCCUACAACUAUGCUGUAGUUUGUUAAUAUAUGCAGCAUUUACAUCUGACAAUAAGUAUUCCCCAUUUGUUGCGAGGAAAAAGAAUAUGCACAAAAAUUCAGUUCUCCCACUUCCAAAAGAGUUUCAACCUGUAUUAAAUUUACAAAAGUUAUAUGGGACUUUUGAACUAGUUACCAUACCUGAAGAUGGGACUGAAGACUUCGAGGCGAAAAAUACUGGAAAUACGAAAACGACUGAAAAUAUAAAUUUAUUAUCAAGUGCUGAAAACAAGAAUUGUGGGCAAUCACCACAUUUAACAGGGCCAAAUACGUUGGAAGAUGUACAUAAACAUAAGAAAAAUAUUGUUAGGGAUGAUUAUGAGAUGUCAAGUACGGAUGAACUAAAUCACGAAAUGAGUGUUUUACAGGCAGACGAUGUUCACGUGCUAUGUACAAAUAUAUCUAACCGAACCAUUGAGAAUAAUGCUAACGACAUGUCUUUCGACUUGGUUUAUGCCGCUUCAUGUCCUUCAUAUUGUACAAGUUUAAUCAUCACUCAAAAUGGUUGUGUAAUUAUUUUUCCUUGUGCAGCAUAUCUUAUUGUAAUGGAGGUUGGUAGUAGGCGUCAAUGCUUCCUAGAAGGUCACACUGCUGAAGUAAGUGGCAUUUGCCAAGAUCCAGGUGGUCAAAUUAUUGCUUCUUGUCAAUCUUCAACAUUGAGUUCUAUUAACUUAUGCCUUGGUGUUGUUCAUGUCUGGCGUAUGCCUAACUUACUUCAUUCUUCACUGCACAUUCAAAAGCCACUGGGAACAGGAAGGGUCCAAAAUGCUCAGUCUAUGAAAGGUUUAUGUAUUUCAGAUCGAGGUGAAUUUUUAAUUGCUUAUGGGAUGGAUGUUCGCUCACGUGGUAUGAUAGUUGUGUGGGAUUUACGGAAUCUUCUUCAUAGUAGUGUAUUACCAUUAUUAAUCCGUUCAACGGUUGACAAUACAAUUAGUUGUUUUUGCCUUCUACCAGAUUACUAUAAACAAAAUGAUGUUCCCGACUCUUUUAUACGAUUUGCUACUGUAUCUGGACUUAAUACUUCACAUAAUACAAUGGACUGGAAUAUAGCAGAUAGAUAUCAGGGUAUAAAAAAGAAUACAUUUAGUGAAAUACGAUUAUGGCGGUUUAAAUAUGCAUCAUUAAGACAGGAUAUCGUUCAAAAAUGUGGCAUCUCAUUCAAUGGUACUUUAAAAAACAAGUACCAUUUAUCUUCUUCAGUUGUUUCAUUAGCUUCACUUACUGUUCCAGCAUUACGUCAAUCACUAAAUUUUGUGAGUUGUUGCAUUAAACCUCAAUUUCAAGAUUUGAAUCAGUCUUGUAAUAAGUUGAAUUAUUCACUACUAGUUGGCUCUUCUACAGGACAUAUUUUGGAGGUCGAUUUAAAUCUUUUUUGUAUUUCGAAUAUGUAUCAAUUAACUGAAAAAUCACAAGAAGAAAAAUCAACAGAGCAUUCAAGCACAAUCGAAUUGCAACUUUCAGCUUUUAGAGAAUUUAGAAACAAUCAGUGGAUUUUAAAUUUUCCAGAUAAUCUAAAUCAUUUGAAAUCUAACCUCGUUUCAAUAUCCUCUAUGCAUUGGAUAACUCCUGGAAUUAAUUUUUCUUUGGGCUGGUUAGCCGCGUGCACAAGUGAUGGUCGUCUGUUUUUAUGGGAAUCUAGUAAUUCACCAUGUUCAGUUGCUCUUUCAGUAAAAUAUCCUUCGACAAUUACUGCUCUCGAUUCGUCUUUUAGUAAACAAGGUACUUUAACUAGAAAUACACAACAUCAAGUUUAUAUUUCUGUAGCAACAUGUUCUGGCGGUCUUGCUUGCCUCGAUCUUAAUUUCGAAUUCGAUUUACAUAAAACUUCUAUGGAAAAUAACGAGACAGAUAUUAUAAAUGAGUUUAAACUAUUAAACUGUUCUCCUAGACGGAUUCUUUCAUGGCAGGCUUCCGGCCCAAUCAUAGCCACAGAUCUCGUUCAUAUAGAUAAAUUAGAAUCGCAGUGUAUAUUGGCUACCUUAAGUAUUGAUGGCGGACUUAGAAUUCGACAUAUUUCAUCUCGUCCAACCUUUACCAAUCAAUUUGAAGAUGUCAAAAUGAAAAGAAUAAAUAUUCAUGAAAACUACACAAACAAAGAACUUGUAGAAAACCCAUUAAUCGACUUAAUUAUUUCGGAUGGGACGCCAGUUUGUAUUGCUAUUCAACCGAAAUUGAAUUGGUCAGAAUUAAACUUGGAAGAUUUGGAUAUAUCUUGGAUUCAAAUUGCAUGUGGUUAUUCUAAAACUGGUCUAGUACGUAUCUUCUCUCCAGCCAAUGCAAAAAUGUUAUAUGAACUAAAUUUCCAUAAAGAUUGUGAUGUAACAGCUCUACUUUAUUCACCAUGUGGUAGCUAUUUGUACACUUCAGAUAGUUCUGGUCAACUAGCAGUUUGGAAAAUUACACAUGAUGAUAAACAGAGAUUAUAUGAAAGUCAAUUAAUUCAUUCAUUAAAUUAUCAAAUUGGUAUAUUUAAUAUAACUAAACCUAUGUUAACAAUGAUGAAACAAGAUAAUCAUUUAAUGUUGUCAGAAAUUAGGAAAAGUAUUAUUACUGUAUCGUCUAAAGGAUUACAUAUUGCUUAUAUGGGACCUCGUUUAGAUAUGCUUACUAUUGCCAAAGGAGUUAGUGCUUUAACUGUAAAACAAAUUGAUUUAAGCCAUUUGAUAUUACAACAUUUUCCAAAUAAUCAAACAAAAUCAACAUUGAAUCAAGAUAAUAACUCAAUCAAUUCAUUAAAUUUUAUUCAGUUUUACUCUGAAUGUCAUAAAACUAAAAAUCUUAAUCAUAACAAUGAUACUGGUUAUGAUGAUGACGAGUUUUUGUUUAUCUGUACAUCUCAAGGUUAUCUGUUUAAAUUCAGCUUAUUCGAUAGCAAACUGAUCAGUUGUGCAGAAUUUAAUAUAGUGUCAAAUUCUAAGACAACAGUUUAUGUUAAUGCUGUUAAAAUUACUCCUAAUGGGCAAACUUUAUUAUUGGCUGAAUCAUCUACUCCAUUUAUAUACAUAAGUUCAACUAAUCUCUAUCCAUUAUAUGAAAAUAUCAGUAAAAGUAUUGAUAAAAAUGAUAAAACAUUAAAUCGAAGUAUAAUUUAUCGAAAAUUCACUGGUCAUAUUUAUCCAAUUGACAAUUUCUACAUAACUUUAAAUGGACAAUAUUGUAUUAGUAUUGACAAAGGUUACUGGUGUCAAUAUCCUCAUUUUGUACAAACUAACACGAAACCUGAAAUAUAUAAUACCACUAUUACAAAGGAAAUGAAAGCAAGUAGUAUAUUUAUGUGGAAAUUUGAUUCUACACAAAGAUCACAUGAAUUAAAAGUGAAAAAUAAUUCUAAUAAUAAUGUAAACAUGUUGAAAGAUAAAUUACAAACAACAGAAAAUUCAACUUUCACUCAACCAUUUUUGUCAUAUAAAUAUGAGAAUAAAUCGUUCACACCAAUUAAUCAAUGUAAUACAAUGGAAACAAAUAUUAAUAAUAAUAAUAAUAACACUUUCGGUAAAGUUGUCAAUAAAAACUGUGAAAUAAAUAAACAAGUGAAUGUACAAUGUAACUAUUGUCCAUUAGCUCAUCGACAUUGGACUGUUUAUGCUAACAGUAAAUUAAAUACUGCGAAAGGAUUCAAGCCAAAUUUAUUAGAUCAAUUGAAACUUACUUUAAUCAAUGAUAAUUGUAUGAAAGGAAUAGUAGUUGGGUUUGGUUGUUUCAAUCAUAUGAUUGAUAAUUUGAUAUGGGACUCCGAUACUGGUAUAUUUAUUUACACUUAUGAAUCUUUGCUUGUAAUUGAAGAAUUAGAAACUGGUCUACAAUUAGCAUUUCGGUCUAUAGUAUUAGGUAGUUUAGACUGUACAACAAAUUUCGCUGGAGAAAUUUUUAAUUCACUUGCCUUAGCUCCAAAUAAAUCAGUGUUGGUUAUUGGUUCAACAACUUAUUGGGAUUUUAAUGAAGAUAACUCCAGUUGUACAAGUAUUUCUUCAUUUAUAACUGUACCAAUCAAAUUCACUCUUUAUAAUGGCUAUCGUCAAUUAAGCCAUUUAUCAUCAGCAUUUCCAACAUUGAAGUAUGAUCAGAGUAAAAGGUUUUUAUUGUCUACCAAUAAUAGUUCCAUUGGGAAGGCAAUCGAUUCAGAUUCUGUGAUAGAAGUCCAUUCAGAUGUUUAUGGCAUUUUAUUGACUAUGACAUUUACAAUGGAUUCCAGAUAUCUUAUUACAAUUGAAGAUUAUCACACAAAUGAAGUUAAAUUGUGGUCAGUGCUCAAUUGGACCUUAUUAUCAACAGUUAAUAUUGAUGGAUAUUUUAAUCAGAUAUUAUGCUCUCCAUUGUUUGGUAAUGAGUUUAUUACAAUUGGUGCUCAGCUAAAUCAGAUUGAUAAUGAUAAUGUCAAGUUAUUAAAUCAUGAAAGUUCUAUUCUGUUUUGGAAAUUCGAUGUUAACAACUCCACUCAUAUGAAUGAUGAAACUGUUAACAUUAACAAUGCAAACAGUAAAGAUUUAGUGAAUGCAAGAGAUAUACUUUCAUAUACUAAAGGAAAAAAUUGGUCAUUCAAUCAAAAUAAAUUUAUGUACAAUACAGAGUUUUGUUCUGCAGCAUAUUUAAAAAUUCCAUCUAAAUACAAUUACUAUACUACCAUACAUAAGAUGACCUUACUAAUUCUUGUAUCAGACAACUUUGGAAACAUCAGCAUAUGGGAUGUGAAUAAUCAUAUGUGCUUGCACAAUUUCUCUGCAGAAUGUAGUGAAAUUAGUGUCAUCUCCUCCAGUGGUUCAUAUGGUUUUGUUACAGGUAGUGUAAGCGGUUCACUACGCUUUUGGCGAUUAGAAAUAGAAUUUUCCAUUAAUGAAAAACUUUCAAACAAUCAAGAUUAUUCAUUCCACAACAAUAGUGAUGUUAGUCGUAACGGGAUUAAAAAUAUUGAAGUAAAACAGAUUAAAUAUAUUAACCAUUUUGAUAAUGAAGUAAUUUUAUCAGCAUGCUUUGAUGUAGAAGGACAGAUUGGUGUUAUUAGUACAAGUAACUGUAAUCUAUGGUAUGUAGAUUGGUCUGAAGUUGAAGAAUCAACAAAUCAAAAAAUUUCAUCUGUAAAUCAUUCGUUAUCAAAAAUGCAAGAUGAUUUAACACUUUUAAGUAGUGGAUAUAAAACACAAAUUAUUGGAUUAAUUUGGUGGACAAAAUCUCAACAACAAUUAUUUAAUGAAAACUUUCUAGAUAACAAUGAUUUUAGUCAUAUGAAUGAUAUUCUGAUUACUUGUACAUCAGAUGGAAAUAUACAAUUAUGGAAUCCAGAAACUUGUCAUUUAGUUUCUGAAUUAAAGACUAAUGAGUCAGCGAAUAGUUUAAACGGAUCGACAGUUGAUUUAUGUUUGUUAGACUAUCCCGGUAUAAUAUGUUCUGGAUCAGAAACAGUUGGCGUCAAUGAGACGCUUUCAUCCAAGGAAGAUAGUGAUAAUAAAAAAUCACCAGGAUGUUUAGCUAUUGCUUAUACUGAUACAUGUGUACGAUUAUUUUGUUUGCAUAAGAUGUGUCUAGUCAGUGAAUCUGAACGAAUAUUUCCACAGUUGGAUGAUCAGAUUACAGUCAUCAGAUUUUUUAGUCCAUAUUAUUUAAUUAUUGGAACUAAAAAUGGUUUGCUGGUUCUGUUAUCUAUAGGUUAUAAUACCGAGAACAAUAAUAAUAAUACUGACGAUAAGCUAUAUUCACAGCCUAUUCUAAUCAAACGUAUUAUAAAAGAUUACCUGGUUAAUUAUCAAAUCCCUAUGCCUAUUCUAUGCUUGAAUACUUAUUCACAACCUUUAUUGUAUGAUUAUUAUUUACAUCAACUGAAACAAGAUAGGAAACAAACCAUGGAUUCAAUAAUAAAGUUCGAUAUGAAUGAACACAACCAAUCAGAGUCUUGGAUAUGUCUUGCAAUUGGAGCAGAGAAUCGUUUAAGUGUAUGGAAUUUAUCAAUUUGUGCAAAUCCUAAUCAUCAUAAUCCGCUGCGAUUUUAUCUUCUUGCUUGGUUACCAUUGGAAUCGCUGAAAUUUAAUAAUAAUAAUAGUGAUGAUAAAAAUGAGCAUGUUGAACUGUCUUAUCACGCCAAUUUUUUACCAACAAAAAAUCUAAAAGAUAUUCUGAAAUUAAUAAACUACGAUGAAGAAAGUCGUGAUAAAAUCGACAAUCCUUUUAUUAUGAUAUACGCAACGAAUGAAAUAACAGAAAUUACAAAUUUAUGGAUAUAUUCAAUUGAUGAUUUGAUUAAAACCCAACCGGAAUCCUCAUCAUCAUGUUUACAGAUAACUGGAAAAGUGGAAUCAAUUAACCCGGUGUUUAUACUUCCUUCUACAAAUACUAAAUCAUAUCACUUAACAUUAUCAUAUUUACAGUUAAUUACAUUGACACGAUCAUCAUUAAAUAAGUAUCAAACUGAAAUCCAAUUGUUAAACUUCUAUUCUAAUGGUUUACAAAUCAAAUCUAAGAAAAUCAUUGGACCACAGUCUGCAUAUAAUGCAUGUAUGAAAGAUAAUCAACAUUAUGUAUCAUCUUUUCCACUUAUCAAAUCAAUCAUUAUACAAGAAAAGAAUAAAAUAUACAUUGCAGCCGCUUAUGGUAAAGAAUUAUUUAUUUGGGAAGAAACGUACCAUUCAGAAAAUAAUUCAUUGUAUUAUAGUUAGUUUAUUGGAAGGAUGUAUAUGUAAAUAAAUUGUUUGCUUUUGUCU